AUGUCGCCGUCAUCAAUAACCAGCUUCCCCGCCGAGGCGGUCCCUCAGGCCCCCGAGGACCCCCUCUUUGGGUUGAUGAGGGCUUAUAAGGCUGAUACGAGCCCGGACAAGGUUGAUCUGGGAAUCGGCGCGUACCGCGAUGACAACGCAAAACCCUGGGUUCUCCCCGUGGUCAAGAAGGCCGAUGAGAUUUUGCGCAACGACCCAGAAGCCAACCACGAAUACCUCCCAAUCGCGGGCUUGGCGGCGCUGACUAGCAAAGCGGCCGAACUGCUGCUUGGAAAAUCCGCCCCCGCCAUCGCCGAGAAGCGCGCGGCAUCGGUACAGACCAUCUCCGGAACUGGCGCCGUGCACCUGGGAGCUCUCUUCUUGGCCAGGUUCUACAAGAGCCAGGGCGCCAACCGCACCGUCUACGUCAGCAACCCGACAUGGGCAAACCACCACCAAAUCUUCACCAAUGUCGGCCUGCCGAUUGCCACCUACCCUUACUUCAGCAAGGAGACCAAGGGGCUGGACUUUGAUGGGAUGAAGGCGACGCUUGAGCAGGCCCCAGAUGGCAGCAUCGUCCUGCUGCACGCCUGCGCGCACAACCCGACGGGCGUCGACCCGACCCCAGAAGCAGCGACCUUGAACCGGGACGCCGGCGCCAUCCGUCUCUUCGUCGAGCAGGGCUUCGAGCUAGACAUCGCGCAGUCCUUCGCCAAGAACUUCGGCCUCUACGGUCAACGCGCCGGCUGCUUCCACUACGUAGCGGCGCCGGCGGCUGACGCCGUCGAGACCACGACGCGCGAGGCCUCGCAGCUGGCCAUCCUGCAGCGUUCCGAGAUCAGCAACCCGCCCAUCUACGGCGCGCGCAUCGCUUCCAUCGUCCUCAAUGACCCCGCGCUGUUCGCCGAGUGGCAGGAGAAACUCCGCACCAUGUCGGGCCGCAUCAUUGACAUGCGCAAGAAGCUCCGGACCAAGCUCGAGGACUUGAAAAUUUACGCCAGUAGACCACAUCACCGACCAGAUCGGCAUGUUCAGCUUCACGGGGUCAGCGAGCCCCAGGUCCUCAAGCUGCGGACUGAUUUCCACAUCUACAUGACGAAGAACGAGCGGAUCAGCAUGGCGUAUUUGAACUCGAGGAAUGUCGCCUACGUCGCCACAGCUGUGGAUAAGGUGGUUCGGGAAGCCCAGUAG